AGCGGCGCGCAUGGGCAGUGAGCGGCGUAAAGCGGAAGUGGAGCAGCUCUGUUGAAGCUCCACGUUUUUCGGUUUUUCAGUUUUUCAGUUUUUCAGUUUUUCUGCCUCAAACUGAGAAAAUCAGGAACAGAAAAGCAGCGAAACGACUUCAUCUCCUCACCCCCUCACUACAGACAGACACAGAGAGGAACCUGAGAGAACAUGCCGAAGAACAAAGGUAAGGGAGGUAAAAAUCGAAGACGUGGAAAGAAUGAAAACGAGUCGGAGAAGAGAGAGCUGGUGUUCAAGGAGGACGGCCAGGAAUACGCUCAGGUGAUAAAGAUGUUGGGAAACGGGCGGCUGGAGGCCAUGUGCUUCGACGGAGUGAAGAGACUGUGCCACAUCCGAGGAAAACUCCGGAAAAAGGUGUGGAUCAACACGUCUGACAUCAUCCUGGUGGGCCUGAGAGAUUACCAGGAUAAUAAAGCUGAUGUUAUUCUGAAGUAUAAUGCUGAUGAAGCGAGGAGUCUCAAGGCUUAUGGGGAGCUUCCAGAGCACGCUAAAAUCAACGAGACUGACACGUUCGGAGCUGGCGACGACGACGAGAUCCAGUUUGAUGACAUUGGAGACGACGACGACGACAUUGAUGACAUCUGAUGACCUGUGGAGCUCGGACUGCUGCUGGCCUGCUGCGUUUAUUCUGAGAGGACUGUAGUGGACGCUGAUUGAUUGAUUAAUUCUUUCUGAUCGAUAGGGACUCUGUUUCACCUUCCCCUUUACUGAUAAAUCCACUUAAACAUCCCCUCAAGUCUUUUUACAGCCUUUUCCCGAACACCUGACUCAAUACAAGACUGCUCGUGACCGCUAAAUCAUCAGUAAUACACAUAUACACAUACAUAUUUUUGUUAUAGUUUUAAUGUAUUUAUAUUUUAUUUCACCGUAUAUGGUGGAAUUUGACUCAAAUACAGAAAAACAGGAUUUACAAUAAAAGAUUUAAACCCCCUUUUUUGUGUUUGAGCUGAGUGAAUUCCAGUACAGUGUGUUGUCCAGCAGGGGGCAGCAGUAUAAACAGCUGUUUAUGGGAAUAUCUAAGUUUUUAAAUUCAUGUUUAUUUUACAUCAUAAAGGACUGUUUUCUUGUAAGUUGUAUGGCCCAGAUUAAGGCUUUUGAACAUCUCACAUCGUCUUUAACAACGUUCAAUUAUUAUGAUCUUUUUUAUUUUUUUAAUAAUAAUAAAACAGCCGGAUUUUACCAUC